GGCAGCUGAAGGGGGCAAGGGAUGGUGUGACUCAGAUUGAGAACAGGCGGGUGGUAUGAGUCAGUAGCUUGCAAUAGCCUUGAUGCUAGGCAUUAGACACACUGUGUGGAAGGAGAAGACUGUAACACUGCAACAGCAGUCAACUUUGACCACUUCCAGAUCCUGCGGGCCAUUGGUAAAGGGAGUUUUGGGAAGGUAUGCAUUGUGCAGAAGCGAGACACCAAGAAGAUGUAUGCCAUGAAGUACAUGAACAAGCAAAAGUGCGUGGAGAGGGAUGAGGUGCGGAAUGUGUUCCGGGAGCUACAGAUCAUGCAGGGAUUGGAGCACCCAUUCCUGGUGAACCUGUGGUACUCCUUCCAGGAUGAGGAAGACAUGUUCAUGGUGGUGGACCUGCUGCUGGGCGGAGACCUGCGCUACCACCUACAGCAGAAUGUGCACUUCACAGAGGGAGCUGUGAAACUGUACAUCUGCGAGCUGGCCCUGGCUCUGGAGUACCUGCAGAGGUACCACAUUAUCCACAGAGACAUCAAGCCGGACAACAUCCUGCUGGACGAGCAUGGGCAUGUGCACAUCACGGACUUCAACAUUGCCACAGUCGUGAAAGGAGCAGAGAAGGCUUCCUCCAUGGCCGGCACCAAGCCCUACAUGGCCCCGGAAGUCUUCCAGGUGUAUGUGGAUGGAGGCCCUGGGUACUCAUACCCUGUGGACUGGUGGUCACUGGGCGUCACGGCCUAUGAGCUGCUACGAGGCUGGAGGCCAUAUGAAAUCCACUCGACCACACCCAUUGAUGAGAUCCUCAACAUGUUCAAGGUGGAGCGUGUCCACUACUCCUCCAUGUGGUGUGAGGGGAUGGUGACCCUGCUGAAGAAGCUGCUGACUAAGGAUCCCGAGAGCCGCCUGUCCAGCCUCAGUGACAUCCAGAAUACGGCCUACAUGGCUGACAUGAACUGGGAUGCGGUGUUCGAGAAGGCACUGAUGCCCGGCUUUGUGCCCAAUAAAGGGAGACUGAACUGUGACCCCACGUUUGAACUUGAAGAAAUGAUUCUAGAAUCCAAGCCGCUUCACAAAAAAAAGAAGAGGUUGGCCAAGCAUAGGUCCAGAGACAGCGCAAAGGACAGCUGUCCCCUGAACGGACACCUGCAGCAGUGUUUGGAGACAGUACGGAAGGAGUUUAUCAUAUUCAACCGAGAGAAGCUCAGGAGGCAGCAGGGACAUGAUGGCCAGAUCUCAGACCUGGAAGGCCGAGUAGGAAGUCAGGUCUCAAGCAAGCUGCAGGAUGGUCGAAACAACAAUAUCCUGACCCACACAUGCACUCGUGGAUGCAGUAACUAAGCUCUCCUGCCCAGAUGGCAUCUUUUCUACCCUGACACCAAGAAUCCCUCCUCUGUGCCCUGAUGGUCCCUAUCUUAUCCCUAAAACAUCAGAUGCAGAAAGAGCUCUGUACCCAGAUCUGAGGAGCAUGGGCUCUGGUCCCUGCUUCAACUGAUUUGCUGUGUGACCUUGGGCAAGCCACACCUCUGUGCCUCAGUUUUCUGCAUCUGUGGAAAGGGUUAACAAUUCUCUGCCCUGUCUCCAGCCACAGAGUUGUGAGAAUCCAGUUGGACUGCAUAUAUGCAAACUCUUGGGCAUUGAUAAAAGUGUUUAUACAUGUAAAGUAUCUCAACAUUUUAAGUGUCUGUCUCCUACCCCCCAAAACAAUUUAAACCAUGAUAACUUUGCAAUUUGACUCAUCCUAGUUUGUUAGAUGGUACUUUCAACAACAUAAAUAGCUGGCAUGGGACUCCCAGGUCUCAAAGCAACCAUGAAGAGUCAUCCACAGACUUCCUGGUCUUUGGGAAUGGUGCAGCAUACAGACCAAGCCCAGGGCUCCGUGCUGCAGACAUGCUUCUCCCUGACUCAUGAACGGUCACUCCAACCUUUGGAUUUCAGCAGUCACCAGUUCUUGCCAUAUCCCAUAUCCCCAUGCUGGACCGCACUCAGGUGCAUCUCUGGUUACUUCUUCCUCCCACAGAGAGUUGUGGGAUCCCAGAGGACUCAUACUGCAGCAGAGCCUCAGUCCCCAUGAUCCUUCGAGGUUUUCCUUCCCAAGAAGUGGAUAAAACAAGCCAGUCAGCCUGCCGUGCAAAUGCUGCCUGGCUGGGGAGAUGUUGUGAAGCCUCUACCUAGUCUGUUGAAGAUGAAAGCAGGAUCACUCAAGAAGCAAAGCAUUUUAUAACCUGGCCAGAGAUCAGUUGACACUGGAGUUGGGGAUGCUGAGGCAAAGAAAGCUAGGGUUUUGCAGCCAAUUGGCAGUUGCUGCCAAGACUGGAAGACCUCCGCAAGUCACAUGGUUACUCAAGGGUCAGUUUCCUCACUUUCAAACAGGAAAGAGAAUGUUGACCUUUCAGAGUUGUUACAGGGCAUGAUAAGAUUCCAUGUACCACACAGUGAUGACUGACAGCCAACAGUAGUCUGACAUCACUCUCCUCAUCAUCAUCUUUCCAUCAUUAGCAUCAUGUUCUCCUUCACCAUCCUCAUCAUCUUUCUCAUUAUCUUUAUCAUCACCAUCACAAUCACCAUCCCCCUUUCCUCUGCUGGAGGUACUUUCUUGUUUUGCCAGCAUGGUAGGUCCAUUUUCCAAGGAUCUUCCAAGUUUACAAUUUGUUUUCCUUUCCUACCUGGAGCCUCUGAGGUCUCUGAACAUCCAUGCUGAGAUCAACUGUUUUGACUUUUAAAUCCAUUUCUAUUUUCUACUUUUCCACUGUGAUUUGAGUCUGUCGGUGUCAUCUCUUAGAUCUUGUGAGAGACCUUUUAAUGUAUGGAAAGGUUUUACACUUUUCUUCAAAUAACAGCAUUGCUCCCCUCCCCUUAACUGAGUCUCCUCGCAUCUAUCUCCUGCCCAGUCCAUGUCUCCAGGCCCUGUUUGUCCCUCCUGCCCUCCUGGAUGUCCCAACUGCUCUUCUCUACACUGUGACCUGGAAGUAUUACAAUUUCUUGUUGGGAUGAGCUCAUGAAUGAGAGGCAGGGGUGGAAGUUGCAGGGUGGGGAACCCUGAUUUCUUGGCUCUGUUUAAGUCCGUGUACCUUGUUUGGAAUAA